UGGCAGAAACUGGUAAAGAAAUAGUUAAAGUUGAUGCCAAAAAUACAAGUCAGAUAUGUAGUGAAUGUGAUAAUCAAAGAGAACAAAAACUCCAAUUAAGUCAAAGGAAAUUCAUUUGUUCUUUUUGCCCUUAUUCAGACAAUCGAGACAUAAAUGCUGCUCGUAAUAUUCUCAAACGAGCAGAGUGGAACACUUCUUCCUUACCAAGCAAGGGAGGAGAAUGGGUCGGUUCGACCCUUCAAGGAGCAGUCUCAAUGGAGGCUGUGUAG